AUGAAUUUAAUAUAUUAAUGUUAAUAAUCAAAUAUUUCAUGCAUAUGUUAUUCAAUUUUAGUUGGAUAUGCUCUUAUAAUUACAUUAAUAGCUAUUUAAGCUAUCAGCAGAUUACUGAAGUCUUCAACUAGUAUUUAAGAAUUAAAUCCUAUGAUUUUAUGCAUAAUAUAAUCUCUAUUACAUAUUAUUUAAUAUGCUUUUAUUGAAAAUAACAAACUACAAAUAAUAACACUCUAUUUUUAAAUCCUUAUUUUUACUUCAAUAUCCUUUUUAUUUGCUUAACUAUGCUAUAAGGUGAAGAGUGGAGCACUUUUUUUGAAAAGUUAUAAAAUCUUUAAAAUUCUACAAUUUAUUUUUUAUGGAAUUAUUUUAAUCUUUUAAAUACUAGCUUUAAUUUUAUCAACUCAUGAUUCAUGUGAUAGGUAAUUGUUAAUUCAAAAAAAUUAGUUACUACUAUCUUAGUAUAAUUUUAAUUAUAGUUUAGUAGAUUACAUCAACAACGAUUACAACUUAUUUUGGAAUUUAAUUGCUCAAUAAAUUGCAAAAAGUGAGUUAAUACAUUUAAUGUAAAACUAUGAAUCCGAAAGCGUAUUAAUUAAAUAUAAUUUAAGUGUCUAUGAUUCAUACGCAAACUUGUCUAUGUGUAAUCCAAGAGCUACUAUUUUAGAGCCAAGAGAAUUGAUUUAGACAAAAAAACAAAUAAUAAUUGUACUCUGGCUAAUGCUAAUCACUAUUCUAUUUUAUAUAUCAUUUAUAUUAAUUGCUGUUUUAAUAUUCAAAAGAGUGAUAUGCGAACAUUAAAAAAAUAAUAAUGGGGAAAACUUUUUAAUUUUAGUUUAUGGAAUAAUAUAGAUGACUCCCUGUUGGGUGAUACCUUUUGCUUUUGGUUUUAUCCCUUAAGUAUAAUGUUAAGGAUAAGAUAAUAAUGAUUUAUUAAUAAUUUUAGAUAAAUCUUAAGCAAAAUCAAAAGAUUCGAUAUAAGUUUGA